AUGAGUCGCGAUGGACGCCAAGAACUUACCGACCUCUUCCAACGCUACCAACUCGGUACCCUCCCCGGACGGCCUUCGACCGUCACCGGCUCCCUCUCUGGCAAUACGCUGACCGUCUCCGUCUCCAACGGUGGUCAAAGCACUUCGUUCACGGCCUCCAUCAACUACCCGACUGGUGACGGACCCUUCCCCGCCUUCAUCGCCAUCGGUGGUUCGACUCUACCUCAACCCGCCGCCGUCGCCGUGAUCACCUUCAACAACCAGGAGAUCGCUGUCGACAAUGGUGCCGCCUCUCGAGGCCAGGGCAAGUUCUACGAUGUCUACGGUUCCAACCAUCCCGCUGGUGCUCUCGUCGCCUGGUCAUGGGCUGUCAGUCGCAUCAUCGACGCUGCCGGCUCGACUCAGAACAGCAGAAUCGACGCCUCCAAGAUCGCCGUCACCGGUUGUUCCGGCUCUGGAAAGGCUGCCUUGGUCGCCGGCGCCUUCGAUCAACGUAUCUCGCUGACGAUUCCUCAAGAGUCGGGAACUGGUGGAGCAGGGUGCUGGCGUAUCGCUGAUGAGCUUCUCAGGAACGGACAGGGUAUCGUCACCGCCGCCGAGUUGGUUAACUCGACAGCCUACUUCGCACGGGACUUCAAUCCAUUCGCCUCCCAGGUCAACAACCUCCCCUUCGACCACCAUCUCCUCGCCGCUCUCGUCGCUCCCCGAGGCCUUCUCGUUCUCGACAACACUCAGUACUCGUGGCUAGGCCCUCAAUCCGUCUACGGCUGCAUGAGGACCGCCAACAAGAUCUACGAGUCGCUCGGCAUCGCGGACCGCAUGGGUGUGUCGCUCGUCGGUGGUCAUGACCAUUGUGUCUUCCCUGGGCAGCAAUACCCCGAGCUCAACGCCUUCGUCAACAAGUUCCUACGCGGCAGCUUGAACGAAAACACCAACGUCAUCAAAACGGAUGCGCCCAACAACGGAGGAUUCGACGAGUCCCGAUGGGUUGAUUGGACCACUCCGAGACUAUCAUAG